AUGGCUUCGGGAAUCCUGGUGGACAUACAGAAGGAGCUGACCUGCUCCAUAUGCCUAGAGUUCUUGACAGAGCCCAUGAGCCUGGACUGUGGGCACAGCUUCUGCCAAGCCUGCAUCACUGCAAACAGCAGGCAGUCCAGGAUCCGCCAAGAAGGCGAGAGCAGCUGCCCUGUGUGUCGGAUCAUUUACCAGCCUGAGAAACUGCGGCCUAAUCGGCAUUUGGUUACCAUAGUGGAGAUGCUUAAGGAGGUCAAGUUGAGCCCAGAGGAGGAGCAAAAGAGAGAUCUCUGUGCGCGCCAUGGGGAGAAACUCCUGCUCUUCUGUAAGAAGGAUGGGGAGAUCAUUUGCUGGCUUUGCGAGCGGUCUCAAGAGCACCGUGGUCACCACACAUUCCUCAUAGAGGAUGCUGCCCAGGAGUACAAGAAAAAGAUCCUGGAAGCUCUGGAUAGUCUGAAGGCAAACCAGCUGAAAGCUGAGAAGUGGGAAUCUGACAUCAGAAAAGAGAGAACUUCCUGGGAGAAUCAAAUACAAAGAGAGAGCAAACGUGCCCAGGAUUAUUUUAAACAACUGAGAAGUAUCUUGGAUAGUGAGGAGCAGAAGGAGCUGCAAAAGCUGAAGGAAGGGAAGGGAGAUAUUUUCAAUGACCUGGCUCAGACUGAGAGGGAGCUGGUCCAGCAGAACCAGUUGUUGACAGAUCUCAUCUUGGACCUGGAGCGUCGCUUGCAGGGGCCCACUGUAGGGAUGUUGCAGAAUGUGAAAAGCAUCAUAAAAAGGAGUAAAACCUUUACUCUGAAGAAGCCAAAAGCUCUCUCCAAGGAACAGAGAAGUGUGUUCCAAGCUCCUGACCUGAGUGGAAUGCUGCAAAGGCUUAAUGAGCUGACAGAUAUGCGACGCUACUGGGUUCGUGUGACUCUGGAUCCUCACAGGACUAAAUCAAAUGUUGACAUCUCUGCAGACCGGAAACAAGUGACAUGUGUGUUAGGUCGGAAUACAAAUUAUACUUAUGAGACAUGUGAAAAUGAGGAUUAUGGUGUACUUGGCUCACCGGCUAUCACAUCAGGGAAACAUUACUGGGAGGUAGAUGUGUCAGAGAAACGUGCCUGGGUCUUGGGGGUAUGUGCUGAAAAAUGCCUUCACUCCAAUAGGAUGAUGCGUUCUUUCAGAAAAGAUCCCAGAUACCUCUGUGCUGCUGUCUAG